AUGUCAGAUAACAUUACUUCUGCUACUGCUGCAAAUACAAAUACCCCAACAUCUACUUCUACAACAACCCUAGAAAAUAGCAGUAAAAGCAAUUAUUAUAAUCCUAGUUCGAUCCAUAAUAAUAUUUAUAAUAAUAAUAAUAAUAAUAAUACAACUGGAUCGAUAGGACCAACAACAACAACAACAACAGCGGCAACGGCAACAACAGGCAUAUCUACAACAAAUACAGAUUCAGGUAAAUCUUCAGUUUCAAGUAUAUCCACCAAUAAUUCAAUCUUUUCAGAGGCACCAGAAGCAAAUCCACAACAUUAUUGUUCACAUCCUCCAUAUCAACAUUUUCCAUUUAUGACAAAUAACAAUCAUCAUCACCAUAACAAUGCCAAUGUUGGUGGCAUUCCUGCUUCGGGGUACCCUUUCCCACAACCUAAUGCUUCACCAACAACAACAACAGGAGCACCAACCAUAGUCUCACAUAGCAAUGGAACCCCUGAAUUACAACAACAACAACCUCUUGUGCCACCUCAACCACAAGCACAAUCAACUGUAUCAUCUUCACUUCCCCAAUAUCAGAAUCAAAUAAUAUCGGGAACAGGAGCUUCUACAAACCCACCCCAUAACCCUCGAAUCAGUGCCAAAUUCAAUAAUCACGAUAUUCAAAUAUUACGUCAAUUAUUAUUAGCUGGUGAAAAACAUAAGUGGAAGCAAAUCACUAAAGAAUUGAAUUCAUCAACGAACCAUAACGCUCAUAUAGUUGCAGCAAUAAAUGCUGCUGCUGUGAAAUCAAGAAAUCUUGCUAACAAUUAUGACUCUAACAAUAAUAACCACAACAUUAAUGAUAAUACACCUACAACUAAUCUACAUCAUAGUUUUGGAUAUCAUCAUCUUCAACAACAACAACACAGCUUGGAUCAAAAAUCAUUAGGUCAUAGAAUAGGUAAUGGUACUACUAGCUCUUCUUCUGCUACUAGUGGAAGUCUUUCUGGCAGUUCACCUUCAACAAUACCAGCCAAGAAUGUUUCUCCAACAUUUGUUGUUAAACAAUAUCAACAAUUACUAGGGUUCCCUAAUAAUGCAUUAUAUUUUGGUACCUUAGGUAGUUCUUUGCCUUAUGUUGUUGCUGAGAAUGGAUGGGAUGAUAUUGGACCAGAAGCAACCAACUAUCAAUUUUAA